CACCGCGCCUGCGCACAGCCGCCUCGCCGCCGCAGCUCGCCGGAUCCAUGAGCGCCACCGGGGCGGGAAGCAGCGGCGCCGGCGCGGGAGGGGGCGUCACGGAGCCCGACCCCAGCCCCGCGGCGCCCGCGCCCCUCCCGCCGCCGCCCCCGCCGCCCCUCGCCGCCGCCGCCGCCUCCGCCGGGGACGCGGGCGCCAAGGGCAGCCCGGGCGUGGCGGGGGCCGCCGGAGGGGCGGCUGGCGCCGCCGCCGCCGCCUUGGCGCAGCCCGUCGAGGGUCCGCCGCCUCUGCCGGUACCCAACGGAGUCUUCGCGCCGCCCGGGGGCGCCGCCAACGGAGACGCCAAACCCGCCGCCGCCGCGCCCCCGCCCGGGUCGGCCUCGUCCGGCGCGCCGCUCGUGGACUUCCUGCUGCAGCUGGAGGACUACACGCCCACGAUCCCGGACGCCGUGACCGGCUACUAUCUGAACCGCGCCGGCUUCGAGGCGUCGGACCCGCGCAUCAUCCGGCUGGUCUCGUUGGCGGCCCAGAAGUUCAUCUCCGACGUGGCCAACGACGCCCUACAGCACUGCAAGAUGAAGGGCACCGCGUCGGGCAGCUCCCGCAACAAGAGCAAGGACAAGAAGCACACGCUGACUAUGGAGGACCUGGCCCCUGCGCUGGCCGAGUAUGGCAUCAAUGUGAAGAAGCCCCACUACUUCACCUGAAGGCC